AUGGAGCUCACACUACUCCGCUCAACUCUACCGACCACUCUCAUCAUCCUACUGCUUUUCUCCGCUGCGCGGCGAAGCGCGGCGAGACACCGCGCCAUCGACCGCCCCGGCUUCGCCGCACCGCAGCAGGCCCGGGACGCGGUCUCCGCGAGCCUGGGCGCGGCGCGCGGCGCGCUGGCGCUGGUCGCGCGCUCGUCGGGGGAUGGCCCCCGCGCGCCGGCGCCGCCCGAGGCCGCCGCGCUGGGCGACUGCGCGGUCGCGCUGGGCGACGCGGUCGCGCAGCUGCAGCGGUCCCUGGACGCGCUGGGGAAGCUGCCGCGCGCGCGGCCGUGGGCGGAGGUGGACGACGCGGAAACGUGGGUGAGCGCCGCGCUCACGGACGAGAACAUGUGCGCGCAGGGGUUCGCGGCGGUGGAGGGGGAAGGGGAGGUGAAGAGCGCGGUGGCGCGGGGCGUCGCCGACGCGGCGGAGCGCACCAGCAACGCGCUCGCGCUCAUCAACGGGCUCAGAACCACCGCACCCUGA